UGUAAAUUUUUGACAUUGGGGUAGUCGUGUCAAAAUAUUUUUGUUUUGUUCUCCGUAUUUUUAGUAAAAUUAUCGCGUAUAAUGUCAUAAUUGUAAUGUUUUCUAUUUAUUUUACUAUUAUAGUAUGUCAUUUAUUUAUAAUAAGUGGAUAUAAUUGUAAUGCCUUGGUGAUACAUUCUCCUUAGAUUGGUACCGUGGUAGUCAUGUCAGAUUGCGCGCUGGUGUCCAAUGUAAGCGAACACGAUGCGAGCAUGGACGUGGGAAAUGACGAGUCCCUCUUUCAGCCCACUGUUGAUAUGUUGGUAAAUGACUUCGACGACGAGAGAACACUUGACGAAGAAGAAGCACUAGCCGCCGGUGAGCAACAGGAUCCCAAGGCCGAAUUAAACAGCCUCCAGCGUGAGGGGGAUAUGCCUUUAGAAGAAUUAUUAGCAUUAUACGGUUACGACAAAAGUAUGGACAAGCCAGUGGUAGAAACCGUCCCCGAGGUUAUCCCCGAGGAGAAUGAGAAGACAGAAUCUGCAUUGACGCAGUUGUAUAGCGAGACGACGAGCCCCGAGGCCACACGGUGCCUUAGAUCAGGAUCGCGUCCUCCUUCUGAGGAGGAAGAUGACUAUGAUUAUAGUCCGGAUGAAGAUGAUUGGAAAAAGACAAUCAUGGUGGGCAGUGAUUAUCAAGCAGCAAUACCAGAAGGUUUGUGUAGCUAUGACGAUGCAUUGCCGUAUGAAAAUGAGGAUAAAUUGUUAUGGAAUCCAACAGUGUUGGAUGAAAAACUCACGGAAGAUUAUAUGAGGAAAAUAUGUGUAAUGAACUCUGGUACAGGUAUAGAGGUUGUUCCCCGAGGGAAACAACUGCGUGACGAUGAGGAGGCAUUAUUCUUACUACAACAAUGUGGUCACAAUGUUGAAGAGGCACUGAGGCGGAGACGCAUAUCAGCACAAACUCCCGCACAUGCAAGCCUCUGGUCAGAGGAAGAGUGCCGCAACUUUGAAAAUGGUUUGAAGGCACAUGGGAAAGAUUUUCACUUAAUAAGACAAAACAAAGUAAGGACACGCUCAGUAGGAGAGCUGGUACAGUUCUACUAUAUAUGGAAAAAGACAGAGCGACAUGAUAUUUUUGCAAAUAAGGCCCGCUUGGAGAAGAAAAAGUAUACUUUACAUCCUGGCCAUACUGAUUAUAUGGACAGGUUCUUAGAGGAGCAAGAGGCAACCGGAGCUGGGGUGGUGAGACCUGUUUCACUCCCUAUGAUGGAUUACAAUCCUUCACCAGUAGCACAACCUGAUCCCCUAGCAUUAGGUGAAAAGGAGGUGUUCUCACAAUUAAAUGCCCAAACACCACCGCCACAGGCACUCUCUAUUGAGGACCAAGAGCCAGACACAGGUCCCUAAUACAUGUAUCAUUGGCAAUUGAGUUGUCAAGUAGAAUGCACUGUUUGUAACAUACUUAAUUACAUUACUAAUUUAGAUUUAAGGGAAUGGGGUCACUGCAUAUGUCCAGCAUUUUUAACUGCGAAUCAAAUAUUCCCAAAUGGGAUAUAUUUACAAAUGUUUAUUAGGAAAAAGUUAGAGUUGUCACAAAUAGUAUUUACAUUAUGAAAUAAUUAUAAUUUUAUACAGAAAGUAUUAUAUUAUGUGUAAGAAUUGCUAAUCAGGUUGCCGUAUUACUAUGUUCCAAGGGAGUUGAUAGAGUGAGUGAUUUUUAAUGAGAUUAACUUUCAUCAAACCUUUAAGCGAUGAAGGAUGGGUGCUUCCCAGUUGAAAGAAUUUGUUGGUGUGUUAGAAGCAAUUAUUUGCUAGACUGCAUGUCUAUUUGGUUUUGGAGCUUAUGCAAUGUUACCAUUCCCUAACAAUGCGGCCUCAGUGUUCAAAAUGUUUGUCUCUUUCUUAUCAAUAAAGACUGGAAGAGGUACACAAAGUGUGGCCAGAGCUCAUUCCCUUAUUCACAAAUAAUAUUUUUAUUUCAGUGAAUUUAUUCACAGUAUUUUAUAUUAUUGACUGGUGUUUUAUAAGAAUGACUGAAUUUUGUAGAGUGAUUUUUUAUACUAUAGCAUUUUUUGACAGUACAAUGUAAAUAAUGAUUAUGUUGAAGAUAAUUUGUGAAAAAGGGAGUCAAGCCAAAUAAAAUUAUGCAUGUGUACCUGUCUGUAAUUAGACAGGUAAUGUAUAAAAUUGUAAGGUACUUGAUAAGAAUAAACAGUGCAAAAUUAAUUAUAAUGAUUCAUUUACAUAUCCUUUGUAAAAGUAGGUGUUGCUGUCAAUUUUAUUUGGGCUGAUAAUAUAAAGUAAUUAUUGAA